GCUUGUAACAGUAAUUCUCUUCCACAGAUAAAGCCAACAUGACCCACCAAUUCCCAGCGCUGACUGCAGAGCAGAAGAAAGCUCUUUCAGACAUCGCCCAGCGGAUUGUGGCUUCAGGAAAGGGGAUCUUAGCUGCCGAUGAAUCAGUGGGUACCAUGGGGAACAGGCUGCAGAGGAUCAAUGUGGAGAACACAGAGGAGAAUCGCCGGGCUUUUCGAGAGAUCCUCUUCUCUUCAGAUGCUUCCAUCAACCAGAGCAUUGGGGGAGUGAUCUUCUUCCACGAGACUCUCUAUCAGAAAGACAGCAGUGGAAAGCCAUUUCCAGCUCUCAUCAAAGAAAAAGGCAUUGUGGUGGGAAUAAAGCUGGACAAAGGCACAGCACCCCUAGCAGGAACAAAUGGAGAAACCACCAUUCAAGGUAAGGAGAGAUCUAAGCUAUGACUGGUGCAGCAGAAGCUGCAGGGUGCCUCUCCGCGCUGUGCCCAGUACAAGAAAGAUGGUGCUGACUUUGGCAAGUGGCGUGCAGUGCUGAAGAUCAGCAGCACAACACCCUCUCAACUCGCCAUCCAAGAGAAUGCCAACACAUUGGCACGCUAUGCCAGCAUCUGCCAGCAGCAUGGCCUGGUGCCCAUUGUGGAGCCAGAAAUCUUGCCUGAUGGAGACCAUGAUCUCCAGCGCUGUCAGUAUGUCACAGAAAAGGUUCUGGCUGCUGUCUACAAGGCCUUGAAUGAUCAUCACGUGUACCUGGAAGGGACACUGCUGAAACACAACAUGGUGACGGCCGGGCAUUCCUUCCCCCAGAAGUACCCCCCCGGAUGCCCCACCCCUCAGGAUGUCGCCGUAGCAACUGUCACUACUCUUCUCCGCACCGUUCCUGCUGCUGUUCCCGGAAUCUGCUUCCUCUCUGGAGGUCAGAGUGAAGAGGAGGCUUCUGUCAACCUGAACGCCAUGAAUCAGUCCCCUCUGCCUAAGCCUUGGAAACUGACCUUUUCGUACGGGAGAGCCCUGCAAGCCUCUGCGCUGGCAGCAUGGGUGGGCAAAAGUGAGAACAAGAAGGCUGCGCAGGAGGCUUUCCGCAAGCGGGCGCAGAUUAACAGUUUGGCUUGCAGAGGACAGUAUGUCGUGGCUGGGAAGACUGACACAGCUGCCACGCAGUCACUUUUCACUGCCAGCUACACCUACUGAAAGUGCAGGCGCCUUCCUUCAUCCUGACCCUCUUCACAAGGUGGAAGAUGUUCAGAAAUGAAAGAAAACCAAAGAAAUCUAAUUUCCUUUACCCUGAACAAAACUGGGGAUAAAACUGAUUAGAUCUCUCUCCACCCUUCGCUCCCACAGUGUACGGAGGGAAUAUUCUUGUUUCAUCUGCACAUUCCAAGGAAGGGAAGUUCUCUCCAUACAACAAACAACAACUGCCAAUGAACCAUGAACCCAUUCUCCCUCUGGUUUAAACUUAGUUCCCAGAAUAGUACGCAGAUUAAGUAG